CUAUAACACCGCUCCGCUCGCUCUAUCGUCCGCAGUUUCCGGUGACGUGUUUCCGGCGUUUCUAGUGCUGAGCUCAGCUCUGUAGGAAGAUGGUUCUGCUUGAGAGUGAACAGUUUUUGACAGAGCUCACACGUCUGUUCCAGAAAUGCCGAACAACUGGAAGUGUCUUUAUUACGUUAAAGAAAUACGAUGGCCGAACAAAGCCGCUUCCUGCUAAAGGCCAUUCCGAAAGCUUCGAACCAGCGGACAACAAGUGUCUAUUGAGAGCCACAGAUGGAAAACGAAAGAUCAGCACUGUGGUCAGUUCCAAAGAUGUAAACAAGUUUCAGAUGGCUUAUUCCAACCUACUCCGUGCAAAUAUGGACGGACUGAAAAAGAAGGAUAAGAAAAGUAAAACAAAGAAAAGCAGCGCCAACCAGUGAUGGCCUUUUGGACUCUUAUUUGAUCUAGAGGAGAGCAGUGAGGACGAGCGCAGCCUAUAGAAGACUAUAAGGCCAGUAACACAUGGGGCCAUACACAUGCUUCACUCUGCUGCCACCGCCUCUUAUAUUUUAGGAGUACUUUUUGUUUUAUUUUAUUUUUUAUUUUUUUUUGUUAUCGGAAGAUAUAUUCUUUAAGUUUACUGUACAGGUUGUCUGGUUCGGACAAACACUUCCAUUAAAAUGAUACUGUAAAAUAUA